AUGGACAAAGCCCAAGGACAGCAUUCAUCCGCAUCCGAGUUCAAGGAAGUGGAGAUUCCAUCAUCUACACCAGAGCCCUUCCACCAACGCCUCCUCCGGGGGCAGAGCAAUACCACUACGACUACCCCUUCCGGCACGGAUGUGAAGGAGGAUAGGCCCCUAAUCCGACGUUCGCGUUUUAAGGAGGCGGGGGUCGCGGGUGUAAUAAAGGUCUACAACUGGGUAAUCGCGAGGCCAUUCUUGAAGGCGAAGUUCCCUACGACGUUGAUGAGUUGUAGGUGCGGUGAGCUGUUUACUGAUGACUGGGUGUGCUUCCAUAACCCAGAACGUCCAUUUGAUCCAGUUGGCACGUCCCUCCGGGUUCUGGAAACGGAGGAGGAGGAAAUGCUGGAGGGGGAGCGGGUUGCGCUGCUUUAG